AUGCCGACGAACACGGGCACGACCACGCCGAAGAAGACGCCCCCCACUACCGCAGCCACUCAGCCGUCUAGAGCGACCUCCAAGACCGAGUCCAGCGCUUCGGCGGAUAGCACGACAGAAGCUGAGGAGGAACACAAGGGGGCCGUGAUCGGAGUGGUCAGCGGUGCCAGCGCCGGUGCCGCUGGUCUAGCUGUGCUGGCCGCCUUGCUCUACAAACGCGGAUCGUUUAGUUUCCUGGGCAAGCCCAGCAUGCCCACCGUCGACAGCCAAACUCAACUCGACUACGCAGAUGACGUCUUCGAACGCGAGCAACUAGCCAACGUUACCCUGGACAUGUUUGAAUAA